UCACACACACGUCACAUCUGCUCCGUGUGUGUGUGUGUAUAUAACGUGAUUCGUGGGCCGCUCGGGACUAUACAGGCAGAGAGAGAGAGACAGAGAGAUAGGCCGUCGCUGCAGCGUAGAGUUGGCUUGUUGAACACAAGGCUCUCUCUUGGGGAAGAUGUGGGCGUUUUCUGCUGCUCUGAUCGUAUGUGGGAUGUUGAAGUUGGCGUCCCCGUGCCCCAGGGAGUGCAGGUGCAGCGCCGCAGCCCCGCGGUGCGAAGCAGGAGUGUCUUUGGCGGCGGACGACUGCGGCUGCUGUAUGGUGUGCGGUCGGCAGCUCAAUGAGGACUGCGGCCGGAUGCAGCCCUGCGACCGCACCAAGGGGCUGAAAUGCAACUUUGGAGCAGGUCACGGAGCAGCAUACGGCAUCUGCAGGGCCAAAUCAGAAGGAAGAUCCUGCGAGUACAACAACAGGAUCUACCAGAACGGGGAGAGCUUUCGACCAAACUGCAGACACCAGUGCACCUGUAUGGACGCUGCCGUGGCAUGCAUCUCCCUGUGCCCCCACAAAGUGGCGCUGUCCAAACCGGGGUGUGAGAAGCACCGGUUGGUGAAAUCCCCCGGGCGUUGCUGUGAGCAGCUGGUCUGUUCGGAUGAGGGAGGAAAGAAAUGGAGACCUCUGAUCGAAGAGCCCGGCCCUGGGGAGACACCUAAGUCGGGACAUUUCUCAGACGCCAAGGAUGAGCUGGCUCUCGUUAGCGAUGGAUACAGCUCCUUUGCGGCUUUAACGACGGAACCUGACGGCCCCAUGCUCGUGUCGGGACCCGGGAGGUGCCUGGCCCAGAGCAGCCCGUGGUCCCCCUGCUCUACGUCCUGUGGCAUGGGGGUCUCCGCCCGGCUGUCCAACAGUCACAGCCGGUGCAAGCUGACUAGGGAGACUCGGAUGUGUGAAGUUCGCCCAUGCACCCAAACUGCAUUCCCCAGCCCAAAAGCGUCUGGGAAAUGCAAUCCCAACGAGAAGGCCGCCGGCCGACCGGUGAAGUUGUCCCACAUGGGCUGCGGUAGCUUCAAGAAGUUCCAGCUCAGGUUCUGUGGGUCCUGCUCCGACGGUCUGUGCUGCCGUCCCAACCGGACCCAGACAGUGGCCGUGCGCUUCGGCUGCGAGGACGGGAGGACCUUCAGCUACAACGUCAUGAUGAUCCAGGCCUGCAAGUGUGAGCCUGAAUGCACCAGUGAGGGCAGCUACGGACCACGGGUGUCCCCCAGACACGGCAACGCCGUCCACUGAUUGAUUCGGGGGGGGGGGGGGGGGGCAGUUGAGACGAGGCAGACUUCUCCUGCUGAGGACUUUGGAUUUGCUUCAUAUUAUUGGAGCUUGAUGAUCUGCUUCAUUGGGAAGCUUUGUAGUAUUCAAUGUCUCUGUAUUUUUUUUUUAAGUCAAACCAACAAACCAACAUAUCACAUGUAUUAUGGCUCAGGGCAUUGCUAAAUGUGUAGUUAUCGCAAUAUGUUUCAUACAUAAUGUAUGCAUCAAAUAUAUCACAAUUGGCAUAUUUUGCACUGACGAUAUGCAAUGAAUUUUGCAUUAAUGUUGCAUUUGUCUGUUUGUUUCUAUCAUAUUCGGACAAUAUGCCCAUUCUGAUUCAGUGAUAUAAAACCCUACAUGCAUAAGACAUACAUAAGACAAUAUAGUAGAAAGGGAAAGAAGACACCGAUAGGCCUAACUUGAAGGCCUCCUACAACAGAAACCGGUCACAUUUCCAGCUGUAAGUAUGGCUAUUGCACCUUACUGACUAUUUAACUCUUGGAUUGUUUAUUUGUUUAUUUUGCACUCUUUAUAUUUGUUCCAUUCCUACUUUGUAUUGCAACUGCUGCACAAAAAUCUCCCUCUGGAUAAAUAAAGUAUUAUCUUAUCUUAAACGGAUGUGGGCGACCACAUAAAUCCAUAAUGACCCAAGGUACAGGAUGGGUCCCCUAGCCAUUAAUACUAUUAAACCAUCAUUAAACCCAACAAAACGGUGGAGGACCAAACUGAUUCCGAGGGUGUAAUCAGACAGAACUUCAAAGGCCAAGAACAAGCGCAGAAGAAGAGCCAGGCCAGUGGGGCGUACGCACAGAGAAUGAAAGGAUUCCCAUGCCCUCGACGGUAAUGCACAAUAAACAUGGAGAGGGCUGUUGCUUUCUCCGGGGCAUACACGCGUUUGGUAUGAGACUACGUCAAAGAGAACACAAGUCUUUUUGGUGCCUUUGAUAAUCGAACAAAGAUGGAAGCAAAAGCCAGCCUUAGUAAACAUCCCACAGAACAGAAGUCUUGUAAAAGUUAACCCAACUGCCAUUCUGAUUGUGAUUGAUCAUUUUCCCUUUGCCAGCAUUCAACAUUAACCAGCACAUUCACAGACAUAAUUUAAUUAGUUGAUGCAUACAUAUUUUUUAUAACAUGUUGUGCUGCUUUUAACUUCAUCAAGCCGGUCAUUUGUUGUGAUUCAACUGCUGUGCCUUGCUAAUGACAAACAAACAAAAAGUUUUGUCAUACAGCAAUGGCUCAUAAAGAAUAGCUGAUAUGCAGGACCACUAGGGAUGCAACAAUUUUCUCUGGGACUUCAGUUUUGAUAUUGUCAUCCGCUGUGUAAAGCUCAUCUUAUGUAAGAGGUAUGAGACUUUCUUGCCAACGCAGGCAGGGAAAGCUUGUGUGAUUUGAUAUUUACACAGUGGAUACUGGUACUCAACCAGAUAA